CCCAAAACGGCAACGUUUAUCUACAUUGGGCUGUGUGCUCUGUGGAUAAACGAUGAUGAAGUGGUCCCCACAUAACUGAAUCACCAUCUUCUACGAAAAGCUUUGCACCGGAACCGUAAUCCAGUCAAAGCCCCAUUCGAUUCGAUCACAUCCUUUGAAGCCAAACGAAGCCAGUCUCAAUCAAAAGAAAUGGAGCGGUCCGACCCGGAAAAGCUGAUACUGGUGAACCGCGAACCGAAUGGGAUCGCGUUCGUGACUAUCAACCGCCCGAAGGCGCUGAACUCGCUGACAAGGGCGAUGAUGAGGGACAUGGCCCAGGCGUUCAAGGCCCUGGACCGGGAAGACUCGGUUCGGGUGAUAGUGCUAUCCGGGUCGGGUCGCGCGUUCUGCUCGGGUGUGGACCUGACGGCGGCUGAGGACGUGUUCAAGGGAGACGUGAAGGACCCGGAGGGCGACCCUGUAGCCCAGAUGGAGCGGUGCCGCAAGCCCAUAAUCGUAGCCGUCGGAGGGUUCGCCGUCACCGCCGGCUUCGAGAUCGCGCUCGCCUGCGAUAUUGUGGUCGCUGCCAAGAGAACCAAGUUCAUAGACACGCACGCUAGGUUUGGAAUUUUUCCUUCGUGGGGUCUCUCCCAGAAGCUUUCACGCAUAAUUGGUCCCAACAAAGCACGUGAAGUUUCUCUAACAGCCACCCCACUAACUGCAGAAGUGGCUGAAAAAUUGGGCUUUGUCAACCAUGUUGUUGAAGAAGGUGAUUUGUUGAAAAAAGCCAGAGAAAUAGGAGAGGCCAUUAUAAGAAAUAAUCAGGACAUGGUGUUGAGGUAUAAGUCAGUCAUAAAUGAUGGCCUCAAGCUGGACUUGGGUCAUGCUCUUGCGCUGGAAAAGGAGAGGGCUCAUGACUAUUACAAUGGAAUGACCAAGGAACAGUUUAAGAAGAUGCAGGAAUUUAUAGCAGGUCGGGGCUCGAAGAAACCCUCUUCAAAGUUGUAGAUUAUCCAUGUACCCGACCUCUGUCGCAAAAAUAACUCCCAAGCAACCUUUGUUUCUUAUCUUCUCUUUUUCUUUUCCUCUCUCAAUAUGUGGUUGUAUCAAUAAAUGCCAGGUCCAAUUGGAUACUUAAGUUUGUGAAGAAUUUGGUUCUGAUAAUGAGAAUUAGAGUGGAAGCAGCAUACAAAGAAAACUCAAACAA